AUGACUCAUUAUAGUAAGCAUGACCCUAGUGGUUAAUGGUCAAGAUUGAUCGAAAGACAAAGGAUACAACAAGAAACCUAAGAAAAGUAGGAGAAAGAAGAAUAAGAAAAUCGAAAGCGGUUAUAUAGAGAAGAAUUGGAAAGAUUGAUUAAUGAAUAGAAGCAAACAACUAUUUAGAAGACUAAAUACGAUUCUGAAUUUGCUGGAGCAAUGCAGAAAUUCUUACAUUAGAGAGACAAUGUUGAACAGGUGAAAUUGUAGGAACUUAAAUAAAAAUAAUCUGAAUAUAUUAGAUAUAGUCUCGAAUAAGAAUAAAUGAAGAAAGAACAAUAAGUAUUUCUAUUUACAAUUACUUUUAAGCGUCUCAACUUUCUUUAAGAUAGAUAGUAACAAUUUUAAAUUGGAUUGAUGAUGGAUUAAGCAGAAAAAAAGGAUCUCUAUCUAAAAUAAUAGAAGAAAGAACAAGUUCAAAAAGACUUAGCAUAAUCUUAUGCUUAAUAGGAGGAAUAAAAAAAAAUGGAUCAAUAUUUGGCUCGAUAAAGAGAAUAAUAGAUUUUAUAAGAGUAAUUAUAAAGAAGUCAAAAAGAAGAGGAAUAACGAUUAUUGCAUCUUAGCAAAAUCAAAUAUGGAUAUCAUCAAAAUGAAAAUGUUCUUUAGAAAUAUAAUGAUCUUUAUUUGCAAAAGGAGUAUAAAGAAAAAGAACUUCAAAGAAAAUUUAUUGAAGAAGCUGCUUCAUAUAAAUAACGAUAAGAAGAAGAAAAAUACAUAAUGGAAAGAGUUAAUAAGGAAAAACUAAAAAGAGACACUGUUGAUACAAUACUCAAUCAAAUUCACUCGAAGCAGCAAAGUUAAAGAGAACAAUAAAACAGCAAAUAUAAAGAUCAGGAAGUUUUACAUGGACUUCAUUAAAAAUUUUAAAAGCAAGAAAAAGAACAAUGCGAGAAAAAGAACAUACUUUAACAACAAUACAGAUAAGAUUUAAUUAUGCAAAUUGAAGAAGACAAAAAUAGAAAAUAGUAAGAAGCAUCAAUGAGUAUGGUUGAAUUAAAUAUGAACAAAAAAAUAUUCGAAGCUGAAGAUGAUCCACAAUUAGCUGGUAUUGGAGUUGUUCCAGGGUUAUCUAAUCAUGUUGACUAUGAAAAACUUAAAUAAAAGUAACUAUUUUUUUUACGCUUUAGAGCUUAUGUUGAUGGUACCUUCAAAAAAUCUGCUGAUUCAUAAAUGCAAUUUAAAAGAUAAAGAAAUGUAAGUGCAUAUAUUGCAGGCAAUAACGUUACUUAAAAUUAUGGUUAUUGA